AAGAAAAACGCAUAGAUUGCGUAUGUGUUAGUUAAUUUUAUAAGGAAUUGUAAUUCUCUUAUCAUUUUCUAAUUUAACGUUGAAAAAGUAACAAAUUAAUUUCGUAAUUAACUUUUACUCAAAAUCAACAUGUGAAAAUUAAAAGCUUUUGUAAUUGUUCAAACAAAAAACUUACUGAUUUUUGGUUUUAUAACAUAAAAAAAAAAUAUUGACAGCAUAAGAUUUCAGUGUGUGCGUUUGUACAUUUUUUGUAUGCGUCUGUGAAUCAAAGAAAAAAGACUAGAAAAAUUUUAACGCGUGCCUCCAGCCGCUACAUACUACGUGGGACUUUAAUUUUUUGCAAAGCUAUUUUAGUUGAGUUAAAUUUUUGAUUUCCAAAAAAUUUCGCCUACAAAGGCAGGAGUUCAACAAAAACUAGCGGAUACUGACUGCAAUUUUCAUAGGUGAUGGCCUAAAAAGGCCGAAAAUUAAAAGUGAAAAAAAAAAAUUAAAAGAGAAAUAAAUUUAUUGUACAAAAUCCAGCAACAACGUGCUUUCACCUUUGGGCUGUCUACAAAGCAGCAGCUGCAGCCAUAUAAGUCUGUCAAAUCUUUUGAAAACUGAAACACAUAAAAUGUCGGCCGACUCAAAGUCACAGUCAUCUUCCCAACCACCUUUGUCCCAACUUUGGCCGGGGUUUGGUUCUACAUCUAACGAUCUUAGUAACCCGCUGGAACAUCAUCAGCAUCACCCAACCAAUCAAACUCCGACACAAUCUUUGUCUAUGAGUUUGCCUAAACAUCAUCAUCAGCAGCCAACGAAUAUCAAUAAUAAUUAUGUGAAUUUUAAUCAAUUUAUAAUGCAACAUAACUUGAAAUCGCCUCAUCAAACUAAAUCACCCUUGUCAUCAUCUCUCGAUGAUAAAUUUACAAAAGUAGAGGGUCAAAAUUCCAAAUACGAUGACGUUUUCAGUUUUAUUCAGAAUAUGGAGGGCAUGUAUAAUAACAACAAUGUUAAUGCUAAAGGCAGCAACAAUAAUGCCAUUAGUGGAAGUAGCAAUGUCACCAAUAAUGGUGGCAGCACCAAUUCUAAUCAUCAGCAACAAACACAGCAGCUCAAACAUCAACAAUAUAAUUACUUUGAUCCCACACUACCCCAAUAUCCAUUUGCCAACUAUAAUAAUCAAAUUUCCAACAACAACAGUGUAUUUUCGGAUGGUUUUCAACAAUACAAUAUUAAUCCUAACACUGGUCCUGGUAUAUCAACAUCAGCCGCCAUCAAAACAUCAUCAACAGCAUCUUCAACGGCAAAUCCAAAUGUUUAUGAUAAUACUAAUUCAUAUGGUAACUUUAAUACAAAUGGUACCACUUACUAUGCCAAUCCGUUUGCCACGGGUUUUGAUUUUAACAAUACCAAACUACAAGCCAGUGCUCCCGAAUUUGUGCCAAGAUUUGAUAAACUUUCGUUGAACGAAACAGCUCUAGAAGCAAAACAACAAACGGAGAACAUGGCUAAACAUCCCGAAAACACCAACGUCUAUAAAGGCAAACCGCAAGAGCAGUACGAUGCUAAAGAUGAGGGCAACAUACAAGCUGAAUCUAAAGAUAUGGCGAAAAAUUUGGAUUCUAGUUUUGAAAAAGAAGAGAAACGACAACAGCAGAGACAUGAACGUUCUCGUGGUAAUAAUCGUCAUCAGAAUAAACAUGAUAAGGAAAAUAACAAGAGAAAUAACAAUCGUUUGGAAAAGAAUAUGGAAAGAUUUUCUAGGAAUUUACAAGAGAAACAUCAAAAUAAUGAUUCAGCCUCAAAUUCGAACUCUUCCACACCUUCCUUGACCAUGAAUGGUAGGGAACGGGACCGAGAGCAGCAGCAGCAACCGGGUAUUGCUAAAACUACAGGAGCUUUUAGCAAAAAUAAUCGUGGUUCUUUGAAUGGCAACAAUGGAGACAAACAAAGAAAUUCUGAGGGCCAAGACAAGGCAAGCGCAGAUAAAAACAAUUACAAUAAUAAACGUUAUCAAAAUGGCAGACGUUCACAAGAUUAUACAGAACGUGAAGAUCGUUACGAACGUUAUGCUGAUCGUGGCGAACGUUCUGAUCGUGGCCACAAUCAGCGUAAUCAACAGCGCAACGACUACCAUCAACGUUAUGAUAACUAUCGCAGCAACAAGAGACGUGAUGAUUGGAAUCGUAAUCGUGAUCGCAUCAAUGGUUUUCGUGUAGAGGAAAAAUAUUCCAAUGAUAAUGGCAAGGAAAGUCCUUUGGCCUCGCCUGAAAAGAGGUCUCCCAAAAAGACUUACGAGAAAGAAAACGAAAAACUGUCGCAAAGAGAAAAACUUAUAAGAGAUAUAGAAAAUAGACGUCUGGAAUGUUUAGUUUGCGUAGAGCCCAUUAAGGCUCAUCAGGGUGUUUGGUCUUGUCAUAAUUGCUAUCAUAUACUCCACUUGCAGUGCAUAAUAAAAUGGGCCUCGUCCUCGAAGUCGGAUGAUGGAUGGCGUUGUCCUGCUUGUCAGAAUGUUGAAAAAGAUGUUCCUCGUGACUACUACUGUUUCUGUGGCAAAUUGAAAAAUCCCACAAAUAAUCGUCAAGAUAUUGCUCACUCUUGCGGGGAAGUAUGCGGACGUGUAGAGGGCUGUUCACAUGCCUGUACUCUGCAGUGUCAUCCCGGGCCUUGCCCUCCCUGUCAGGCUCAAGUUAAACGCGAAUGUGGUUGUGGCAAGACUUCCAAAACCAUGCAAUGUUGUUUAAAGGAGACCAUAGAAUGUGAUUCAACAUGUGAGAAACUCUUGAACUGUGAAUUGCACACUUGCGAGGAGAAAUGUCAUGAGGGAAAAUGUCCCGCCUGCAAGGAGAAGGUAGAUCAAACUUGUCACUGUUCUAAGCAAGAAAGACAGGUUACUUGUACUCGCGAUUCCCAUGAUAAACACAACUAUUCAUGUGGCAAACCUUGUGGUAAGGAUUUAAGCUGUGGCAAUCAUAAAUGUAAAGAUUGCUGCCAUCCCAAUGAGUGCAGACCCUGUAAAUUAAGUCCUGAUACUGUGACUUCUUGUCCCUGUGGCAAAAUGCCCAUUGUUACCGAACAGCGCAAAUCUUGCUUAGAUCCCAUACCCGUAUGCGAAGGUGUUUGUAGUAAGACUUUAAAAUGUGGCAAAGCCACCAAUCCCCAUCACUGUACAUCCAAGUGUCAUUUGGGUAAUUGUCCACCAUGCAACAAGCAAACGGCGGUCAAGUGUCGCUGUGGCCAUAUGGAUCAAAUGAUUAAAUGUCGCCAGCUGUCGACACGAGCCGAUGAUGCUAGAUGCAAGAAACGCUGCACGAAAAAACGUUCCUGUGGCAAACACAAGUGUAAUCAAGAGUGCUGCAUAGACAUCGACCACUUUUGCCCACUGCCUUGUAACUAUACGCUCUCUUGUGGCAAGCACAAGUGUGAUCAACCCUGUCAUCGCGGUAAUUGUCCGCCCUGCUAUCGUUCCUCCUUCGAAGAACUCUUCUGUGAGUGUGGUGCUGAAGUUAUCUAUCCUCCUGUGCCCUGCGGCACUAAGCGUCCCGUUUGCAAGCGCCCCUGUUCGCGUAAACAUCCUUGCGAUCAUGCGCCACAACAUAACUGCCAUUCAGCAGCCACUUGUCCUCCCUGUAUGAUGUUCACCACCAAAUGGUGUUAUGGCCAGCAUGAACAACGCAAAACCAUACCCUGUUCUCAGCACAGUUUCUCAUGCGGUAUGGCUUGUAAUAAACCUUUGCCUUGUGGCCGCCACAAGUGUAUUAAGACUUGUCAUGAGGGUCCGUGUCAAGUGCCCGGUGAGAUAUGCAAACAAAGCUGUACUACUGCCCGUUCCAAUUGCGGCCACAAGUGUAUGUCGCCAUGUCACAAUGGAGAUUGCCCAGAAACACCAUGUAAAGAAAUGGUUGAAGUUCAAUGCGAAUGCGGCAAUCGCAAACAAAUGCGCACUUGUGCUGAAUUGGUUCGCGAAUUCAGUCGCAUUGCUACUGCCCAGCUGGCCUCAUCCAUGGCUGAAAUGCAGCGUGGUAACUACAUGGAAUUAUCGGAAAUUUUAGCUCCUGUCAAACUCUCCGGUAAAUCGAAUAAAACUUUAGAUUGUAACGAAGAAUGUCGUCUACUUGAACGUAAUCGUCGUUUGGCUAUUGGUCUACAAAUACGCAAUCCAGAUUUGCCGCAAAAACUCUUAACAAAAUAUUCGGAUUUCAUACGCAACUUUGCUAAACGUGAUCCGGUUUUGGUCAAGUCGAUUCAUGAAGCUCUAACCACUCUGGUGAAAUUGGCCAAAGAGAGUAAACAAAAGUCACGCUCACAUUCAUUUCCCACCAUGAAUCGUGAAAAGCGACAGUUGGUUCAUGAAAUGUGUGAAAUGUUUGGCGUAGAAUCGGUGGCCUAUGAUGCUGAACCGAAUCGUAAUGUGGUAGCUACUGCUUUUAAGGAUAGAUCUUGGCUUCCUGCUACCAGUAUUAUGGAAGUAGUAGCUCGUGAGGCUGGUCAAAGACGUGUACCAGUGCCGAGUAAUAAUGCCUGGGGUUUAAAGAGAUAAUGCUAUUAAUACCACACACACAAAGAAUUAAGUUAAACCUUAAUUGGAAUAUAUAUAUUUUUUUUCAAAAUCAUCACUUAUACCUAUUACAUAUAAACAAAUACUUUACAAAUGAUAAACUUACCCAACUAAAAUGAAUUUCGAACUGUCUCUACUACUCCUCUCUAGCCCUAGCAACUUCUUGGAAAUCAUAAAACCCAACUAACCACCUUUUUGAUGAGAAAAAAUAAACUAUUAAUCUAAAAAAAAACAAUGUUACAACAUGAAUAUUUUGCUAUAGUAGUUAGUCAACCAUGUCAACCAUGGGCUUACUAGAAUUCGAAAAAAAAUCAAUUACUUUUCAACUUACUUUUUUCCUUUCAUUUAUUUCUUUAUCUUAAAAAACUGGUAAUUUUACUUUUGUUUCAUAUUUUAUAUAUUUUUUCUUUUGUUUUUAUAACGUUAUGCACAUAUAUUCUUUGCAAAUGGAUUGAUUGGUUAAUGAAUGUUAUUAUUAUAUUUUUCUUCUUUAUCUUAAAGUAUAAUUAUAUAAAAAAUUGUUUUCUUUUUUUUUUGGUUUCAGUAAACUUUAAAAUAUUAUUCUUUAUUUAACAUACAAAUUUAUAAUCAUUUAAAUUUAUAAACAAACAUUUAAUACAAAACUCUAAUGAAAAACUAUAUAGAAUAACAAAAAAACACAAAAAACUUGUUUAUUAAAUAAAAAGUUGUUUAUUAAUGAACUGUAAAGAAA